GUCCUUUCUUAUGCUUUCCAUUUAUCCCUCUCCCUUUCUCUUUCUCUAAGAUUUUCUCAAAGCAACUUCUCUUCUUCUCUUCCAAUCAUGAGAACCAACUCUGCUUCAAAUCCAAAGUAUUCAUGGCCAAAGAGUGUUGUCAAGAAAUGGCUCAACAUGAAGAACAAGCCCAAUGAUUUCCAUUCCCAUUCCAACAUCAACACACAAGCUCAAGUUCGGAGAAAGAGCUGCUCUGACAAAGACUCUAUUACCCGAUCUCCAAGAAAAUUAUAAUCAGUGGUUACCGGAUCUUAAUCCGCCACGAUUCGGACCCGACCCGUUAACUGUCUCAUCAUCUCCUCCACAUGACAACCUCCGGAUGUUUGUGGGGACUUGGAACGUGGGUGGGAGAGCCCCAAACUCAAGUCUUGAUCUUCGGGAAUGGUUCGAUCGCACGUGUUAUCCAGCCGACAUCUACGUGCUAGGGUUUCAGGAGAUAGUUCCUUUGAACGCAGGGAAUGUUCUUGGGGCUGAGGACAAAGGACCGGCUGCCACGUGGGUGUCUCUGAUUGGGCAAGCGUUGAACUCUAGAAAAAGUGGUGCUGGUCUUGCAGUUAAUUGCGGGAAUGCCACUGAGUUUAUGGAGUGGGAAAUCAACGGACGAGAUUUCUUUGAUGAGAACGAGAGUGCGAAUCUCGAGUUUGUUUUGGCGGCAAGCAAGCAAAUGGUCGGCGUGUUCAUGUGCGUGUGGGUCCGGUCGGGUCUCGUGCCGCACGUGCGGGAGCUCCGAGUGUCUCGGGUCGGUAGGGGCAUUAUGGGAUACAUGGGAAACAAGGGAGCGAUCUCAAUAAGUAUGACGCUGCAUGGAACCACGUUUUGCUUUGUUUGCACUCACUUGGCGUCCGGAGAGAAGGACGGCGAUGAGCUCCGGCGGAACUCCGACGUGUCGGAGAUCUUAAAAAGAACAAAGUUCCCACAAUCAAGGAGACGUUCUCAAUCCCCAGACACCAUCUUAGAACACAAUAAAGUUAUAUGGCUUGGGGAUCUUAACUACCGUCUAACAACAAGCUUGAAUGACACCCAUGAGCUUCUUCAAAAGAAUGACUGGCAAGCACUCUUGGAGAAGGAUCAACUUAGAAUAGAACAAAAGGCAGGGAGAGUGUUCAGAGGAUGGAAAGAAGGGAAGAUAUAUUUUCCACCAACUUACAAAUACUUGGCAAACUCUGAUAACUAUGUUGCAAAUGCUGCAAAGUCUAAAGAGAAACGGCGUAACCCUGCUUGGUGUGAUAGAAUACUGUGGAGAGGGAAGGGAAUGAAACAGAUGUGGUAUGUGAGAGGGGAAACGCGUUUCUCAGAUCACCGGCCGGUGUACUCGAUGUUCACCGUUGAGGUAGACGGAGUGCCACGUGGAAGAAGGAGAAGGAAGGGAGGAGGGUUUGGCGUGCAACAAGCACUGUAGCAGUAACUCAGGAGGAGGAGUGUUGUCAUGUGGGAAAGUUCAAGCUGAAGAACAACUGCUUU